CUGCAGUGAAGUAGCAAUAUGGCGAUCAUAAGUUGCAGCGGGCUGAACGUCAUAAUAUUACAAUGAGAAAACAAGGCAUAUCGUGUAAAGUAAUAACCACGUAUUAAAGUUAUAAUUUGGCUAAAUGCUUUCUUAGCAAUGACACUGCCAAUAAACCAUUUUAAACGGCACUAUAGAUUCCGUUGAGAUAUCUUUAAGAACCGACACGGAACAAUAAUGAAUUCCUUUAUAGAACUGGUUAUAGAAUAUUCUUAACACUGACAGAAGAACGAAGAAACAGUUUAUAAAUUCUUCGUUGAAUGGAGUUUCAUAGCAUAAGAAAAUACAUCUAUAAAAUCUUUAUGGCCUAAUGUAUUAUAGAUUGAAAGAGUUCUUAUUAUAAACUUUUAAUAUUUUGUAUUAAACCAACAUAUAAAAAUGAACAGAAUAGAAAGCAGUUCAGAUAAUGGAAGUGGUUGGCAUGAAUGUGUUAAAUGGUUAACAAGAUGUGGAGCUUUAAGAGCAGAUCAUAAAGCAAAUUGGCCAGAGGCUACUGCAGUGGAUUUAGCAUAUACAUUAAGAGAUGGUGUGUUGCUAUGUAAUCUUCUAAAUACAGUAGAUCCCGGUUGUAUAGAUAUGAAAGAUGUAAACCAAAAACCACAAAUGGCACAAUUUUUAUGUCUAAGAAAUAUAAAAGUAUUUUUAUCAGCAUGUUCAACUAUAUUUGGAUUAACUGAUUCUGAACUUUUUGAACCUUCUAUGUUAUUUGAUCUGUCAGAUUUUCUUCGUGUUUUACGUACUUUAUCAGCUUUAUCAAAUUGUCCUCGUUUAAGACGCAAGGGUAUACUUGGAUUUUCUAUAAGUCAUGGUAGAUCACAAGAAGAUAUUUAUAAAGAUUUACAAAGUGCUGGUGCAGGCCGUGAAGAUGAAGAUCGUCGUAGGAGAUUUAGAAGACGAGAAGGAAAUGAAGCAGGUGGAGGAGGCGACAAUGAAGAUCCCGUUGAAGAAGAAGAUGGAUAUGGAGCAUACUGCAGCCAUGCUCAAAGUGAAGAAAUCUACCAGGACCUUUGUAGUCUGCAUUUGCCACCUCCUCCAUCUGUUGCACAGGAUGGAGCAAUUUCUGGAGGUGAAAAAAGGGAUUAUGUAAUUCAAGAACUUGUUGAGACAGAACGCAAUUAUUCGGAUGUUCUUAAUAGUUUACUUAAAUAUUUUGCUAGACCUCUUUCUUCAUUACUGCGACCUGAAGAUUCUACACGUAUUUUUUUUGGCAUAAAAGAACUUGCAGAAAUUCAUGCUGGUUUUCAUAGUCAACUUCGAAAAGCAAGGACCGGUGCUGCUUUAGCGCAAGUUUUUCUCGAUUGGCGAGAAAAAUUUCUUAUUUAUGGCGAUUAUUGCGCAAAUCUUACUCUUGCUCAAAACACAUUGCAAGAAGCAUGUGCGCGUAAUGAAUUAGUUAACCAAGAAGUUAUUAGAUGUCAACAAGAAGCAAAUAAUGGGAAAUUCAAAUUGCGGGAUAUUUUAUCUGUUCCAAUGCAAAGAGUAUUAAAAUAUCACUUAUUGCUUGAUAAAUUAGUAGAAGAAACUCCUUGUGAUUGGCUAGAAGAUAGACGUCAACUUACAAAAGCUAGAGAAGUAAUGGUUGACAUAGCUCAAUAUAUCAAUGAGGUAAAACGUGAUUCAGAUACGUUGGACAUUAUAAGAGAUAUUCAAGCAUCUAUAAUUGAUUGGGAUGUACCAGAAGAUACACAAUUAAAAGACUUUGGGCGAUUACUUAGGGAUGGAGAACUCAAGGUAAAAGCUCAUGGUGAUCAACGGUUAAAAGCGCGUUACGUAUUUGUUUUCGAACAAGUAGUAUUAAUUUGUAAAGCAGGCAGAGGAGAACAAUAUUGUUAUCGUGAAACCUUACGUCUUGAUGAUUAUCGAUUAGAAGAUCACACAGGAAGGCGAACUCUUGGCAGAGAUUCUCGAUGGUCCUAUCAAUGGUUGCUGGUCCAUAAACAAGAAUAUACUGCAUAUACUUUGCAUGCAAGAACCGAAGAACAAAAACAAAUGUGGAUGAAGGCAUUACAAGAUGCAAUGGAUAAUGUUAAUCCUGCCGCGUGUCGCAAUACGAAUCAUAAAUUUAAACUUACAACCUUUAACACUCCACGUAGUUGUCAACGAUGUGGCAAAUUUUUAAAGGGCCGAAUUUUUCAGGGAUAUCGAUGUGAAGCCUGUUGUUAUGCUGUACACAAACAAUGCAUUGCACAUUCAGGUCGGUGUAUGCCAAUACCGCCUCCGCCUCCACCUCCACCAUCCUUAUCAUGUGAACGUGCUCUCUCUGUGAAAUUAUGGUUUGUAGGAGAAAUGGGACGUGAUACAGCAUCAAAUAAAUUAGAACCUCGUGAAGAUGGUACCUAUAUGUUGCGAGUACGGCCUGCAGGACAACCUCGUUUGAAGCAUGAAACUAAUUACGCUCUAAGUAUCAAGGCAGAUGGAGCGGUAAAACACAUAAGAGUAUUUAAACGCGAUGUCGAUGGUGCUGAUGUUUAUUAUCUCAGUGAAUCUCGUUUCUUCAAAAGUGUAGUUGAACUUGUUGAAUAUUAUGAACGAGCAUCGUUAUCAGAAAAUUUCGAAAAAUUAGAUCAACGUUUAUUAUGGCCAUAUAGACGUGUCUUGGCUAAAGCAUUAUUUGAUUUUCGAGGAGGCGAACGCAAUCAAUUAAAUCUACGACGAGGUUGCAGAGUUGUGGUAUUGAGUAAAGAAGGUGAUGCCAAAGGUUGGUGGAAAGGAAAAAUUGGAGAUCAAGUAGGAUUCUUCCCGAAAGAAUAUGUUGAAGAAGAAUAACCAUACAUUACUUAGAUAUUUCUUUCAUGUGAUAGCACAGUGAUCAAGAAUAUUUUAUAUUAUUUGCAUCAUUAUGCAAUCAUAAUAUGUUAUUAAAAUUCUUAAUGAAAAAAAAAAGAGAAAAAAAUUAUAAUAUAAUGCAUUUUUACAUUAUAAAACAAAGAUAUAUCUUCACACAUUGGUAUAAAAAUACAAUUUAUUUUGUUAUUCUCUUUAUUUGAGAUUGUAUCACAAAUAUAUAAAUAGAAAGUUUAUAUUCAUAUACGAGAACUGAACGCAUAAAAGCAAAUAUAUAUUUAGCUAUUUGUAUAGACAAAAAAAAAUUAUAAUUAUUUUCGAUAUAAUAUAACAGUACGAAUAAAGAUAUAAAAAGUCAUAAAGAUUAAAGUUGUCUAUUGCUGUAUAUUAGAAUCAUACAAAAAAAUAUCGCUAAAUAUUCAUAUUUCUAGACAGCUUUCUUCUUUAUGACUAUAUUUUAAAGUCAAUUGCCAAGACUCAAUUGUAUAUACCAUAAUUCUGUACUGUUGAUGAUACAAAUUUUAGCUAUUUCUUAAAUAACAUAUACAUACAUAAUUAUAAAUAAUCAAACGCUACAUGUAUUAUUGUAAGAAAUUAAUUGUACUAUUUUUUUAAUUGUUACACAUCUUCUAAUUGUGCCAAUAAGAAAAAUCAAUAAAAUUUAGAUCUUAUCGAAACGUUAACAUAAAAA